AUGGGCAACAAGCAGACAGUCUUCGCUCAUGAGCAGCUGGAAGCAUAUCAGGACUGCACCUUCUUCACAAGAAAGGAAAUCAUGAGGCUCUUCUAUCGCUACCAGGACCUGGCUCCCCAGCUUGUCCCCCUGGACUAUACCAGCUGUCCUGAUGUGAAGGUGCCCUACGAGCUCAUCGGCAGCAUGCCCGAGCUGAAGGACAACCCGUUCCGCCAGAGGAUUGCCCAGGUGUUCUCUGAGGACGGGGACGGGCACAUGACCUUGGACAACUUCCUGGACAUGUUUUCCGUGAUGAGCGAAAUGGCUCCCCGCGACCUCAAAGCUUACUAUGCUUUUAAAAUUUAUGACUUUAACAAUGACGGCUACAUUUGUGCAUGGGACCUGGAGCAGACAGUGACCAAGCUGACGCGGGGGGAGCUGAGCACUGAGGAGGUGAGCCUGGUGUGUGAGAAGGUGCUAGAUGAGGCCGAUGGCGACCAUGAUGGGCGGCUCUCCCUGGAAGACUUCCAGAACAUGAUCCUGCGGGCACCCGACUUCCUCAGCACUUUCCACAUCCGCAUCUGA